GGCCCCGGCGGCUCCCGACCGUGCCGGGCUGUGGCGAGACAGCUCCGGCCGAGCCUGCGGCGAGUCGCUGCCCCUCCGGACGCUCCGAAGUCCCCCGCGCGGUUCGCAUUCCGGCUGCCCGCAUGGACGCGGCGCUGAAGCGGGGCCGCUCGGAGGAGCCGGCUGAGCUCCUGCCGUCUGCCCGGGACUUGGAGGAGGAGGAGGAAGAGGGGAUGGAGCAGGGGCUGGAAGAGGAAGAAGUGGACCCCCGGAUCCAGGGAGAACUGGAGAAGUUAAAUCAAUCCACGGAUGACAUCAACCGACGGGAGACUGAACUUGAGGACGCUCGUCAGAAGUUCCGCUCUGUUCUGGUUGAAGCAACAGUGAAACUGGAUGAACUGGUGAAGAAAAUUGGCAAAGCCGUAGAAGACUCGAAGCCCUACUGGGAGGCGCGGAGGGUGGCCAGGCAGGCUCAGCUUGAAGCUCAGAAAGCCACGCAGGACUUCCAGAGGGCUACGGAGGUGCUCCGUGCCGCCAAGGAAACCAUCUCCCUGGCGGAGCAGCGGCUGCUGGAGGAUGACAAGCGGCAAUUCGACUCGGCCUGGCAGGAGAUGCUGAAUCACGCCACUCAGAGGGUCAUGGAGGCGGAACAGACGAAGACGAGGAGUGAACUGGUGCACAAGGAGACGGCAGCCAGGUACAACGCCGCCAUGGGCCGCAUGCGGCAGCUGGAGAAGAAACUCAAGAGAGCCAUCAACAAGUCCAAGCCUUAUUUUGAACUCAAGGCAAAGUACUACGUGCAGCUUGAGCAACUGAAGAAGACUGUGGACGACCUGCAGGCCAAGCUGGCCCUGGCAAAAGGCGAGUACAAGACGGCUCUGAAGAACCUGGAGAUGAUCUCGGACGAGAUCCACGAGCGGCGGCGCUCCAGCACCAUGGGGCCUCGGGGCCGCGGCGUCGGGGCCGAGGGCAGUGGCGCGUCUGUGGAGGACCUGGCGGGGAGCAAGCCCGAGGCAGACGCCGUGUCUGUGGCCUCUGAGGCCUUUGAAGAUGACAACUGCAGCAACUUUGUGUCUGAAGAUGACUCGGAAACCCAGUCUCUGUCCAGCUUUAGUUCAGGCCCAACGAGCCCGUCUGAGGUGCCUGACCAGUUCCCUGCAGUCGUGAGGCCAGGCAGCCUGGAUCUGCCCAGCCCUGUGUCCCUGGCAGAGUUUGGGAUGAUGUUCCCGGUGUUGGGCCCUCGAAGCGAAUGCAGUGGGGCCUCCUCCCCCGAGUGUGAGGUAGAACGAGGAGACAGGGCAGAAGGGGCAGAGAAUAAAACGAGUGACAAAGCCAACAACAAUCGGGGUCUCAGCAACAGCAGUGGUGGUGGUGGCAAGAGUCAAGGCAGCAGCUCCCCUGAGGGCCAGGCCUUGGAGAACAGGAUGAAGCAGCUCUCCCUCCAGUGCUCAAAGGGAAGAGACGGGAUUAUUGCUGACAUAAAAUUGGUGCAGAUCGGCUGACCCAUCCAAGGCCCUGGCCCAAGUGCACAUCAGUAUUUAUACAUGAAACUGUGUGGAGAACAUUGUGCCAAUAAUCAUUUAAUAUAUGCCAAAUCUUAAGUGUUUAAACUGCACUAAUGAAGUUCCAGUGACCCUGAGGGCUGAAGGUCUGUCUUCUGGGAAAGCUCUUGGGCUGGUUUGUUUUUUCAGAGCAGGGGUGGUGUUGCAGGGGUACUGUGGCCAGGUUCACAGCCUUGUGGAACGUUACCUGGAACAGUGUUAUGGAAGCAAUAACUAGUUCCUAGGAAAGCACCCGAGCCAGGAAAGGGGCUGGGAAGCUGAGCCAAAUGGGGUCAACAGCUUGCUUCUCUUUCUCUUCUCUCCCCCUCAGUUUGGGAAAAUGGAGAUAUUCUCUCCUUUGUACCCCAGGGGAUCUAAAUGAAAAACAAAACAAAAACAUUCAAGGACAAAACUCAAGUAUUAAGAACACACCUUGUUGACCCUGUGAAGGCUUAAAAAAAACCCAAGAACACAAUUCAUUUUCAUCAUCUCUGGUGUUCAGAACGAGCUUGUAAAAAAGUGUAUAUGCUGGGACACCCAUUAAAACCAUUUUCUAUAAAGGUUACCAUGAACUGCACUUUUUGGGGUGGGAAAGGUAAAUGCCAGUGUGGGGAUGGGGGGAAGAGGGUAGCAGGGACAUAUCAUAUAAGGGGAUUUGCAGCUGUGGGGGAGAGGGUUCUAGAGCAUAAACUGUAUCCUACCAGCCAAGGGGACUUAAUCUAAGAGAAGUGCAUGUGAAGAAUGGUUGCCAUUGUUAUAUCUAGACUGACAAGGUGUUCAUUUCUCUGUAGGUUGUUAACUUUAAAAAUAAAUUAUUUAAGGGUUAUGCUGUGCUAGUACUUCUUAGAGGAAACUGUUCCCUAAAGCUAGGAAGGGGAGUAGGCAUGUGUAGGCAAAGGCUGUUAAAUACAAGCAAUGGUCUGUUAUGCUAAUAGUGUUAAGACUGAUUUUCUUUAAUGUUUUCAUGGUUACACAUAUUUAGAGCACUGUAUUUUAUUUGUCCUUUUUUGUUAGGAAAACUUACAUUUCUAAAAGAAAAGCAACCCUAUUUCAAGUUGUCUGUUAAUUCUGACACAGCUUGUAUAUAUUAGUCAUUUGUAAAUCUCUUCAUACUGUACUGUUUUCUCCUUUUUUAAUGACUGAUACAGUAUCCUAAUUACAAGGUUAUUUUGUACAUGUCUUAAUACUUUGAGUGUAAUAAAAAUGGCUUAAGAAAAUGUCUAACUUUGUGACUUCAAAUAAGAAAUCCUGAUGUGUGAAUCUUCUGUUC